CUCGCCUUUUCUUCCCUCCCUCCACCCUCACGCCAACCCAACAAUGCCGACGGCCGGCGCGUCGUCGCCGGCGCCGCCGGCGGCGGCGGCGGCGGCGGCGUCAGCAUCGCACCGCCGGCGACGUAGUAGCCGACGGCGUCACCCGCCCCCGCAGCGCCAGCCCUGGUGCUGCUCCUUCGCCCUCGACCCGCUCUCCGCGGCCGUCCACCGCAGCAGCCCCCUCCCGCCUCGCGCGGCGCCCAGCAAGCACGCCGCCGCCGCACCGCCUCUCUCCCGCCGCAUGCGCUCGCCGGGGCGCGUCUCGCCCAUCGACGAUCAGGCCUGUGCCGGGGCGGCGUCGGCGUCGUCCUCCGCGCGGCUGUCGUCGGUCUCAGAGUGCCCGCCGCCUCCGCUGCCCCCGCCCCCGCCGCCGCGGCCGCGACCGCCGACGAGGACGCCGGCAGUGGAGACGCUGCGGCUCAGGCUGGUGUCCAAGGGCGUGGUUCUGGAGGUGGCGGAGGUGGAGAGGGUGCGCGCGGAGUGCAAGGUGGUGGGGAGGAUUCUCGGGGGAGGCGGCGGCGAGGUGGCGGUGGAAGGGAAGGUGGAGGUGGAGGCGAUCAGAGAGGCGGUGGAGAUGAUGCUGGAAGACGCCGACGAGGCCGCGGCGAUGAGGCGUCUCUCGCGUGCCGGCGUCGCCCGGGCCAUUGGCGUGCUCGAGGUAUCCUUCUCCCUUAUGUUUGACAGAGGAGUCACAAACUGUCUAAAGUAUCUUGAGGCUGUCCCAUGGAAUGAGCCCGAAGAGGAGAAGAUCAAGAGCUUGCUAUCGCAGUAUCCUUGCAACAGAUCAGUUUCUCAAGAUUUGUUUGCACGGUUACAACCGCAGGAACCCAGCUCAUCAUCUGCAGAACUGGUCGUUGAACUCAUGGACUCUAUCACAAAGGGGACCAACAAUAAUGCUCGGAAGGACUUGCGGACUCUUGUUGACGGUAUCUUAUCAAGGACCUCUAUCUACAUUAAGAGUGAUGAAGAGCUGGACAUGAAGAGCAUUUACUCAAUCUGCCAUUCUUGCCUGAACUCUCUGGUGGAAUUAUUUGGAGAAGCCUCUGAUCUGGGCUCUUCUGGUAAAACAACCAUUUCAGUUGGAAAAGGACCACAUGAGAGAAUAUGCAAGCAAGUUGAGAACCUUGCCUGGUUGCUGCAGAUUCUCAUAGACAGGCAGAUGGGAGAGGAAUUUGUGGACUUAUGGGCCAACCAGAAAACGCUAACUAGUCUGCACCAACAUGUUUCACCGAUGGUACGCUACGAGCUCAGCCGGAUUUCAGCCACAAUUUUCAUUGCUAUGGGGAGUGGAAAGCUCCACUGCACGGGCUCAUCGCGGCUCGGCAUCUUUGAAGCCUGGUUCAGGCCAUUGCUGGUAGAUUUUGGCUGGCUCAGGAAAUGUCCGAAGGGCCUCAACAUGGCAACCCUGGAGGAUGGAAUUGGGCAAGCACUGCUGACACUCACCUUGAAACAUCAGCAGGUGCUGUUCAUGGAGUGGUUUGAGACAUUCAGUGGACAAGGCAGGGAAUGCCCAAAUCUGAUGAGGGCUUUCCAGGUCUGGUGGCGACGAUCAUUCGUAAGAUCGCUAGGUAGCAGCAGCAGCAGCAGCUGAGACUGUUCAUGUUCUUGCAAAUUCCCUCACAUGAGUUAUAUUAAUCGUGUGUAAGCGUACAUGUACCAUGAGUUAUAUAUAGCUUGUUCAGUUGUUUAUCAGAUUCCCUGACGAAAGCCAUGCUCGUCUGUAUCUGCAAUUCUUUAGGAUUGGUGAGAUGUAACAAAAGAAAAGAAAACGAUUCUUUAGCUGUUGUUCCAUUCGUCUGAGCUGAAUGUAUUUGCUUUGGUGGUUGAUAAGUUGAUCCAUGAUUAUGCUCCAUUGAAUGUGAGCUGUUAAUAGUAGUAGUACAGGUACAGGUUCAUUUAUAAUCAGUAGUGAUCCAACUGUGGUCCAGUGAUGCAUGGGUUGCAAUUUGCAGAACAAAGGACAAGUGGGAGAAUUGUACUUUGUACAUAUGCAAGGCUUUUGGUCUC